GGAGGGGCCUCGCUUUCAUUCCUCACCCCUCCACCACCAGCACAAUGCCCACAUUCCUUCACCAGCCAUUAUGACGAGGAUCUCAAACCCGGAUGCGGUCGCCGAUGCUGUCCUCGAAGCUUUCGACAAGCUACCAGCGAAGUGCAAACCACGACCCCGUCACAAUGGGGCGCGCGAAUGGAUACCACUGGCCGGGAUCGUGAUGGCGAAGGGAAAGACGGGAAGCUAGAAUGCGUAUCUCUAGGAACUGGCAUGAAAUGUCUCCCAAGCAGUAAAGUUCCCCACGCCCACGGCAACAUCCUACAUGACUGGCACGCUGAAGUGCUCGCCAUCCGCGCCUUCAACCGCUUUCUACUGGAGGAGUGUUUAGCUGUGCUGAGACCACCGCACACGCCUUCACCCUAUCUGUCCCAUCGUGAUCCCCAGACAGCAGCAGCAGCAGACUUCCAGGCGUUUAGCAUCAGAGAAGAUGUCCAAAUCCACAUGUACUGCUCCGAGGCACCAUGCGGAGACGCCAGCAUGGAACUCGUCAUGGACGCGCAAGAGGAUGCUACACCGUGGACAUCAGCACCGGAGUCCGUCCCCGGUCUACCAGACCUAGAAGCCAUAUCCUCUGCCGAAGUGACAGUCCUUCGAGGUCGCUCGCAUUUCGGUCAUCUGGGCGCAGUACGACUGAAACCUUCAAGACCUGAUGCUCCACCGACGCUAUCCAAAUCUUGCACCGAUAAAAUAGCACUGACGCAGUGUACCUCGCUGCUCUCCAGUCUCACAUCCCUCCUGAUGUCACCUAGGAACGCAUACCUCACCUCUCUCGUCCUUCCCCAAAGCCAGUACGUCGAAUCCGCAUGCAUCCGAGCCUUCAGUCGCUCAGGCAGAAUGUCGCGUAUAUCCCCAGAUAUGGAGAAGAGAUGGUCUGGCGGCUACGCCUUCCACCCCUUCUCCGUCCACGCCACAUGCCGCGAGUUCAAGCACUCACGCAGGAGUGUCGCACCCUCGGAAAAACCCAUCCCCUGCAAUCUCAGUGCGCUGUCGACGCCUCAUUUCCAAGAGUCGCUGAUCGGCGGCGUGCUCCAGGGGAGGAAGCAGCUUGAUCCGCGGGGCGCGAGUCGGGUCAGUCGCAGGUCGAUGUGGAAAGCUGUACUUGAGCUUGCGGGGCUUGUCGGAGUUCCGCUGCUCCUGGAGGCUGUGAGGAAGGAGAGGUACGGGGAUGUGAAGGAGGGGGAUGCGCUGGCUGCUCAUCGGCAGGUGAAGGAGGAUGUGAGGGGGGUGUUGAGGGGGUGGGUGAGAAAUCGAGGAGAUGAGGAGUUUGGGUUGGAUGUGGAUGCGGAGGGGCCGAGAUGAUAGGUUCGAAAAGGUAGGGCGUUUGAUGCUCUCUUGCCAAUUGAUCUGAGGUCAUGAGAAGUAUUCGUUUGGUAUCUGUUCGACCUGUAUUCCCUCGCGGCUAUAUGCCACUGCUCCUGUUAACCUGAUGGGAGGUGCCAGAUAAGCAGAUGUUGUGUCGGAGUAUGUAGGUGCAUUUGAGCAUGUUGGGAAGAUCAGUGUCGGAAACAGAGUCCAUGCGACGCUAAACAUGCGCCAAAUGCUUUGCCCUGUGCAAACUCCAAGUGACGCUUUAGGUGUUAUCCCCGACGUAUGCAAAUCAAACCGCGCCAUCUUUUCCGAUUUCCAAC